AUUCGGGCCCGGCUCGCCGAGGGGACGUGCCGCCGCCGCGGCAGCCGCGAUGGUGUCCUGGAUGAUCUCACGGGCCGUCGUGCUGGUGUUCGGGAUGCUGUAUCCUGCAUAUUACUCGUACAAAGCUGUGAAGACAAAAAAUGUGAAGGAAUAUGUUCGCUGGAUGAUGUAUUGGAUUGUAUUUGCUCUUUAUACAGUUACUGAAACAAUAACUGAUCUAACAAUCUCUUGGUUUCCACUGUAUUAUGAGCUGAAAAUUGCUUUUGUUAUUUGGCUCCUUUCUCCAUAUACCAGAGGGGCGAGUUUAAUGUACAGGAAAUUUCUCCACCCUCUUCUUUCUUCUAAAGAAAGGGAGAUUGAUGAGUACAUUGUACAAGCCAAAGAAAGAGGCUAUGAGACCAUGGUGAAUUUUGGAAGACAGGGGUUGAAUUUGGCAGCAACCGCUGCAGUGACAGCAGCUGUGAAGAGUCAGGGUGCAAUAACAGAGAAACUGAGAAGUUUCAGUAUGCAUGAUUUGACUACUAUACAAGGAGAUGAACCAGUAGGCCAGAGACCCUAUCAGACACUGCCUGAAACAAAAAAGAAAACCAGAGCCUCUGCAAAUGAAUCUGCAGGUUUUCCACUGGAAAAAAAUCCUGCAGAUGAUAAAACAGAUGAAGAGGUAGAAGGAACACAUUCAGAGGAUGAAAUGUUUGCUCAGAGAGGCCUUCGAAGAACUCAGAGUAUGAAAUCUGUGAAAACUAUUAAAGGACGUAAAGAGAUACGAUACGGAUCACUGAAAUACAGAGUAAAGAAGAGACCCAAUGUGUACUUUUAAGUUUAUUGCACAAUGCCUGUGAGACAAACUGCUGUAUUAUAACAACUUGAAUUCAAUACUUCAAGUGUUAAAGAUCUGUGUAUGAUUCAUAUAAAUCUAUUCAUACAGUAUAUGAAUAGAUGUAGUAGGACUUGGUUUUAUGAGCCUAAAUGAUUGGGUAGUGUAUUACUCUGCUUUUCUGUAAUUGCUUCUUGUUAGACUUAAAUCUGGGGAAGCUAUAGGAUAAAUUUCAAUGCUUCGUAAAUGAGGAUUAAAUGAGUAACAGGAAACAGCCUGACUUUUCCAGAGGUAUUGAGCAGACUGAAAUAAUUACAAGUCCAAAGAAAUUAGCAAAAGCUGUGUUAGGAGCUUGUGAAAGUCAAACCUGUAGUAUCCUCUAGUUUACAUGGAAAAAAUAGGUAUACUUGAAAUAUUUUUCUGAACUACAGUUCCUGAAAAGGCCUUCGUGUAAUUUAAAAAUGUACAUUUUAAGGAACAGUGGAUGAAAGUGAGGAAGAAAAGGCAAAGAUAUAGUAUAUGCUUAAGUUCAUCUUUUCACCAUGUAUUUCCAAGCUUAACAAACUUAUAUAAUAGUAAUAGGUGCAAAAUGGGGGUACGUUUAGCACUUUAUGCAAAACUGUGUAGUUUUGCACACUUACUGAAUUACAGCUGCACAUGUAAUUUUAGUUAAUUCUUAGGCAGGUUAGAUUUAUAUAGUAGGCUUUUUAUAACUCACAUUGAUUGCUUAGGUACACUUAGGAUGCUGUAGAUAAUUGCAGCUAACACUUAACGAUAUUAUCAGGUGCCUUUCUGUGUCUUACAGGGCUGUGGUAUUAUCUGCUUUUUGUUUGUUUCACUCUUUUUUUCUUCCUUCCCCCUUCAACUAGAGAGAUGCAACAAGAUUUAACUCAGUUUUUGGUUAAAAUUGUGGUAAGUGAAACUUGUAACAAUUCUGGUGACAGACCUCAGGGAUCUGAGCAGCCCAUCAACUGCGCAGGAUAAGUCGUGCUGAAGUGGCAGCAUGUAUGAUAGAUCAUUCAGGCCCUGGUUUGGUUUUGCUCUGCGUACCUAUAAGAAUAUAUAUAUAUUUAGAACAUGUACAUGUGUAUAUUUCUCAUGGUGUGUAGAUUCUAGAAUUGGCUAUGUAGUUUUUUAUUGCUAAAAUUAUUACUAAAAUACUGACUUACAAAUAGCUUUUUCUAAAAAUCUAGCAUAUUGAAUCAGCCUUGUCAUAACCUAAUGUCCAUGAUAUAACUAUUUGCACAGAGAUUAAUUUUGGAAUGCCAUACUUGUCAAAGUGACCUCUCGACAUCCCCUUCAAUGCUGUUUUCUGUAAUUCUGAGAAGGAGGCUGAUUUUAGUUUUCUAUCUGACUCUUUCUAGUGUGGCUAUGGGGAGGACGAACCCUCUUUUGUAGAUAGUAUUUUUUAUUAUGUGGCAUGGGUAGACAUAGGAUUAAUUUUCUUUAAGGGAAAAUGACGUGUUAUCCCUCCUAUCCUUGAUGCUCAGACUCCGAUCCUUAGACUUGCCCCCAGAUUUGACAGUAAUCUGCAAGUUUACUGCAAUGCUUUUAAACACCUGCUGCAGUUUUUCUUCACACUGCUACAGCCAUAGCAGUCUCGCUGCUGGUGGACACCUAAUAGCCUGUUAAUACAGACUGCCUUUUGUCUUCUCUAUAGUCUUCUGUAGACUGCUUUGGGCCAGGGUUUGAGUUAUGUGGAUAAAAAUGCAGCUGGUCUGUAUUGGCAUUGUGUUAUUCACUUGAUAUUAUUGUACUUUAUAAGCCAAGUGCAGAGCCUUGGACAGAUGUAACAAUAUUGUUGGCACAGUGCUUUUAGCGUCCUCCAAGAAAGUUAAAUGCCUUUAGCAAGAAGCUGCAACACUCCGUACAUCAUCAAAAGGCCAAAGCUUUUUUUUCAUCCACUUUUCUCAAGAAUGUUGUUUCAAAUAAGAAAUGAUUAGCAAGGUAGCAUCCUGGGGUGGGGCUCAUAGCUCAUGUCCCAUAAGUGCAGUUCUCAUCUACUUCCUUGAAUGUAGAAAUCACCUAAGAAGGGAAGGGCUGCUUAUGUAUUAAGGUGUGUAAGGUGUUAGGAGAAACAGAGGCUUUUGUAUUUGCAUCUCACCUCUCCUUGAACAUUAGGAUAACCUGGGCAUUGAGUAGAAUGUACAAAUCUUAUUCUCCAGUUGAGCACUUGCUGCCACAUCUUGCACUAGCUCCUAAUUUUGAUUGGUAACCAACAAAAUUGCCAUUGUUUUACUAAUUAGAAUCCUGUGUGAAAGAGCUGGGAAAGCCCUUCUGUCCUGGUUCCAAGGAUAGAGGUUGUUUGAGUAGAAGGUUAGGCCUUAGCAUGCUGGUGGUAAUAAGUUGCAUUAUGCAUUGUUAUAUAUUUAGGGUUGUAACCUCUUGACAAAUGCAGCUCGCUAUUAGGUAGUGACAGACUGCACAAACCCUCCUGUUCCUGAAAUACACAUGGGACUAGCAAAGCCAGCAGUAUUAUUCAUGUUGAUUACUGUUUCCAUAUAAAUAUAUUUAUGUUCUCUCAGGCAUCAUCUUAAGUGAUAAAACAUCAGUGAUUUCCUAGCUGUUCUUUUGGUCUAAUGCCCUACUAUAAAGCAUUGGGUUCCACCUCCUCCAGCAGCUUGAUUCUUCUCUUUGCAUUCAUCCUGGAACCACUUCCUGAUAUCUUCAAGUUGUUUUUCCUUCCUGUUCGUUGUCAGCUGAUCUUUCACAGGGCUCAAUGGCCUGAUUAGCUUUCAUCCAGAUGAUGCAUAUUUCUUGUUGAAUUUAGUUGAGUUUGGUUUGGGAGUAUCUUAAACUUUGUGGAUUUUCAACCUUUUUUGUUUUGUUUUGCCUUGGUAACUGCAGAGGUCAUCUGCUGAGAUCUAGCCAGUAAAAUUCUGGGAAGAAAGUUAAACAUUUUUUCAUUUUUGAAUUGAAACUGUGUAAUUGUUGUGAACAAAACCUUUCCUGAGAAUUGACUGACUGCUACCAACAGAACUGCUAAAACAGGUGAAGAAAAGGUUACGAAGAGGUCAACGGUAGUUUAAAACAGAAUAUGUAUUUCCUGCUCAAUUAUGUAUUCUGGAAAUGCUCCAAAACUUUAUAUCUGAACUGACUCAGACCUUUCAGCAAGAGCGUGCUGUACAUAUUCAAAUACACCGUUUGAGACAAGGAUUUACCUGAUGGCCUCAGUUGCAAAUACACAGUCUGGACUGUGAUUACAAGGUAAUUGCCAAUAUUUGCUAAUGAAUGCUAAUUGCUUAGCUGUGUCAGAGUAACUGAAUGCUAUCCAACGUACUUUUUGCAGGCUAUAAUGAAUUUUAAAAUGAAUACAAGAUAAUUUGGUUAAGCAGAAUGGUGGAGUAAGGGCUAAAUGCAUUGAACACGCUGUUGAUAACUAAAAAAGUGUUUUAUUUUGGUGUUACUUUUAUUAAUGGGAAGUUGGUAUUUUAAAGUAUUUUUGUACAAAAAUGUAUGUGCACAAAGGCAAUACUUUGAUAUUUUUCAAGAACUCAUAUUUUUAAAUGCUACGGACCAGAGACUGUCAGACAUUGAAACUGAAGUUAGUAGCUUUAAAAAUGCAAUGUAAGCUUUACUUUUUAUAUUGUAAUAAUAACUUUGCUGUCAAUUUGUUUACAUGUUUGUAGUAGGGAAUGUUUCAUUAUGCAUUGACUUACCUUGAUGCUACCUUGAAUAAACGCUGCUUUGAGCAGGA